AUGGACGACCUCCACCUGGGUUCCUACAAAAAUGUUGUGCAAACACAUCAAGCCCAACUAGACGCUUUCCUGCAACAAGGUGUCUACCAACCGGUAUUCAUCUACCAUGUCGUGGUUUUCAAUCUUCUGCCUCUUAUCGGCCUGAUGAUUCCGCGCCGCGGAGCCACUCGACACGUUCGCCCUGGACUAUUCGCACUGAGCGUGGCUAUCGCAGCAGAGGUCCUCACCCGCCGCAGAGCCUUGUUGGGGGGUCAUGGAUAUAUGAUUGGUCUGAUGACGGCCUGGUGGCUCCUGUGGAGUACUGCGCUCUUCGUAUUUAUUGACGUCGAGAACGACCUGCAACGUAUUGAGCGCGGUUCCACGGCGGCGCAUUCAAUCCAAGAUGGACCUGACCGUCAGAUUUUCUCGUCGCAGGGUGUCUUGACUGACACCCCACCAGAGGCUUUCAAGCUGGGCACUAGUGCCUCCCAAGCAAACGGACAAUCCGUAUUGACUCGGAUCAACCAGUCUGGUCACGAGACCUUUCACUGGCAGUCUUACCCUCGCAAGUUGACGCAUCGCUUUGAAUGGUGUGCUGGACUUCUCUUCAAUCUUCGUGGCCCUGAAUGGAACUGGCGUCAACCUUACCUUGGUCCCUUGCCCCGCUCCGUUCACAACCAAUUACAUGAAGGAUUCCAGGUCCGCGGGUUUCGUGUUCAGGACGACGCGACAUACAAGAGCGCCAAGCAAUGCCUGCGUGCUGCUUUUUCGCAAUUUCUCCUGGCGUACAUGCUAUUAGACUGUCUCAAGGUUGUCAUGAUGCGCGACGUCUACUUCCGGGGCUUGGUGACGGACCACAUACCGCCUCCGUUCCCAUUCUCGUAUGUUGCGGCCUAUCCGCUGCUCGUGCGCUUCUAUCGAUGUUUUGUCAGCUGUAUGGGUGUCUUUGUUGCGCUCAAUUUCGUGACCGCGCUCAACCCUCUUGUCUUCCUGGGCUUGUCGACGGCUUUUCCAAACGCUGCCCGGAAGUUGACAGGAGCACCCCUUGGAGCCUCUUGGCUAUACGCGGAUGCAUUUGGAUCAUUCUUCCCCUCCGUUCUGGACCAUGGACUUGCGGGAUGCUGGGGCCGAUGGUGGCACCAGCUCUUCCGCUUCGGCUUCAUCACAUCUGCACGCUUCAUCCUGUCAUGCCUACCUGAGAGAUGGUCUGCUAGUCAUCGGGUCAAGCAAAUUACCUACGUGCUGGUUGCAUUUACGAUUAGUGGACUUGUCCAUGCCGCGGGUAGUCUCUCACAACUUGGUGAUACGCAUCCCAUGUCGGGGCCAUUUUUGUUCUUUUUCGGUCAAGGGAUCGCCAUGAUCUUCGAGCAGAUUUUCAAGACAGUCAUCUUUCCAAAGGUCUCAUCUAGAAAGGUCUCUCGCCCACUACGUCGCACUGCCAAUGUAGUCUUCGUCUUUAGCUGGCUGCUCUAUUCAGGAGCUUUCAUUGCUGACGAUUUCGCCCGCGGUGGUCUAUGGCUGAUGGAACCCAUUCCAAUCAGCCCGCUUCGUGGUCUAGGGCUUGCCUUUGAUAAAGGCUGGUGGUGCUGGGAUAGCCCGUGGUUUGGCUACUGGAGUGAUGGCACAUAUUGGGGCAGUGGCAUUCGCCUUCUCUGA